UUGAAGGACGCUACUCCAAGUAGCCAUGAAGACGACAUGUUGGAAGAACCUGAGAAGGAGGUCUUAAUUCGAGUUCCUUUCCCUCAAGCUCUUAAAACUGGAAAGAUUUCAGACAACCAAGGUACCAACUUAUGCCAAAGUGAUCAAGGUUCUAUGCACCAUGAAAAGGAGACACCAUGUCAAGAAAACUGCAUUCUUGACAGAACAGACACUCAGUCUGAAGUUAAUAGUGAGUCAAAAAUUCCACUUAUUUUAGGAAGGCCAUUUCUUGCUACUGCUAAUGCUCUCAUUAAUUGUACGAAUGGUUUGAUGAAACUUUCAUUUGGGAACAUGACUCUUGAGGAUAAGCAAAAGAAGUUUUGGCAACCACGCUUUAAGGAGUUACCAUGUGAAAGGGAACAACCAAAGCCAUCUUCACUAAAGCCACCAAAAGUCGAGUUAUCCCCACUUCCUAAAGGGUUGAAACAUGCAUUCUUGGGUCCAAGUGAUACAUUUCCUGUUAUAAUAUCUUCUAAACUUAAUGCUGAACAAGAGGAGAAAUUGGUACAUAUAUUAAAAGAACAUAAAUCUGCACUAGGUUGGACUUUAGCUGACAUUAAAGGAAUCAUAUAUCUUAUAUCUGAUAAUAAAUGGGUUAGUCCUACUCAAGUAGUGCCAAAGAAAUCAGGGGUAACAGUAGUUGAAAAUGACGAGGGAGUUCUUGUACCAACUAGGGCAGUAACUAGGUGUGAGGAAAAAGGACUUGUGCUUAAUUGGGAAAAAUGUCAUUUCAUGAUGUCGUCAGGUAUUGUUUUGGGACAUAUUGCGCUUGAAAGAGGAAUAGAGGUUGACAGGGCCAAAAUCAAGUUGAUCUCUAAAUUACCUACACCCAAAAUGGUCAAAGAUGUUCAGUCUUUUCUUGGACAUGCUGGUUUUUAUAGGAGGCUCAUUCAAAAUUUUUCAGCUAUAGCUCAACCUUUGUGUAACCUCCUAGCCAAAGAUGUUGAGUUUAAUUGGACUCCUAAAUGUGAAGAAGCUUUUCAAACCCUUGUCACCAAAUUAACUACCGCAUUGAUCAUACAAUCACUAGAUUGGAGUCUUCCGUUUGAGAUUAUGUGUGAUGCUAGUAACCAUGCUGUAGGAGUAGUUUUAGGCAAAAGAAGGGAAGGGAAGCCCUUUGUUGUAUAUUAUGCUAGUAUAACUCUUAAUAGUGCUCAAAGGAAUUAUUCUACAACUGAAAAAGAGUUACUAGCUAUUGUUUUUGCGUUAGAUCAAUUCUGUUCUUGUCUCAUUGGUUCACCUAUUACUAUAUUUACUAACCAUGCAAUGCUUAACUACCUUCUAUCUAAGAAGGAUGUUAAAGCUCGUUUGAUUAGGUGGAUUUUACCUUUGCAGGAAUUUGAUCUCACAAUUAAAGACAAGAAGGGUGUUGAAAAUGUGGUGGCUGAUCAUUUGUCUCGAUUGGAGUUUAAUGACUCCAAUAUUGAAAGUUCACCAAUUCGAGAUGACUUCCUUAAUGAACAUUUGCUCACUAUUAGCCAAGUUCCAUGGUACACUCACAUUAUUAACUACUUGGUUUGUAAUGAAAUUCCAUUGGAUUGGAGUGCACAAGAUAAGCGUAAGUUCUUGGUUGAGGGUAUUGAUUUCAUGGGACCAUUUCCAUCUUCUUUUGGUUACCUUUAUAUUCUUCUUGCUGUUGAUUAUGUGUCUAAAUGGGCUGAAGCUAUACCUUGUCGUACCAAUGAUAACAAAGUAGUUGUUAAGUUCUUGAACAAAAAUGUGUUAUCUAGAUAUGGUGUUAUUCACAAGGUGUCAACCGCUUACCAUCCACGGACUAAUGGUCAAGCUGAAUUAGCUAAUAAGGAGGUAAAACAAAUUUUAGAGAAAAUGGUAAACCCAAACUGCAAAGAUUGGUCUUUCUGCCUUUUAGAUGCAUUGUGGGCAUAUCACACUCCUUAUAAGACUAUUCUUGGGGUGUCUCCAUAUCGGCUUGUAUAUGGGAAAGCAUGUCAUUUGCUUGUGGAACUUGAACAUAAAGCUUAUUGGGCUACUAAAGCACUUAAUUUUGAUUUGAAUGCUGCACGUACCCAAAGAAAGUUACAAAUAUCAGAGAUAGAAGAAUUGAGGAAUGAUGCAUAUGAUAACUUUAGGAUCUACAAGGCUAAAUUGAAAGCAGCUCAUGACAAGCAGAUCCUAAGGAAGAACUUUGAGCCAAAUCAAAAAGUGCAUCUUUAUGAUUCUCAGUUGCACCUUCAUCUAGGAAAGCUAAGGUCUAGAUGGACAGGGCCAUUUGUGGUGAAACAGGUUUUCCCUAAUGGUUCAGUUGAGAUUGAGGAUCCAAUUGAUGGGAGAAAUUUUUGAGUUAAUGGACAACGAUUGAAGCAGUAUGUGGAGCGAGUAGACCAACCUCAAGAGAGCACUCUCGUGACUCCAAUCUAUGAGGCAUAAUCAGGUUUUAUCUUUCCAGACUAUCAUUUGUUUUUCUCAUUUUCUUUUAGUAGUUUUUCUUUUAUUAGUUUUUUUUUUUUUAGGUUGCCUUCCCUAGUUGUUACAUUUUAGGGUUGCCUUUGUUUCUUUUAUGCUAGUGAAGACACUGUCUCAUUUAGGUUGGGGGUGGUAGCAUUGCAUGCACAUU